CAUUCCCAGGGGCCAGAAGUCACCUCUGUGUGGUUCUUUCUCUGAGGCAGGCAGCCUUGAGUAGGCCUUCUUCCGGUGAGGAGGAGAGGUUCUGAGUACUCCGAGGAGGAAGCAGAAAGCUAUAUUAGUGGGUGAGGGGUGGUUUGGUCCAGAUAGUCCCUGCAGGCAAAGGCAGGGGCAGAGAGAGGGCCCCACUCAGCUCUUGUAAUGGAGAUUGGCAGCUGACUGAGCAGCCUGAAUGAACACAAGGGAAUCCAGAGCCCGCGGUGCUGGAGAAUGAAGAAGGCAGUGAAGUGUACCCAACCUGCUUCCCCUGAUGCGUUCCCGUUGCCAGUGCCCUGCCCUCCACUUGGACUGCUGUUCUGGCAGCCUAUCUAAGCUUCUGCUCAUCCUUAGAGAUUCACCCUGAGUGACUCCUUCUCUGAGAGGCCUUCCCUGCUUCUAGGUGUUUAGGCCCCUCUACUUCCUCAUGGAGGACCUUAUUCUGUAAUUUUCUGUGUCCCUGUUUGUCUCUAGAGAAGAAACACAUCUGAUUCAUCUCUGAAACUGCACUUAAAACAUAGAAGAGGCUCGCUAAAUAUUCAGUAUUAAGUACCCCAACAAUGAGCAGGGUGUAUGUGUGGGAUGGAAGUGUGAGGUGAGGAAGCCGGACAAUUAGGCGAAGCCCAGGUGAACGCUCCCUAAAAACCAAGAACAGCGUUCGCUACAGGAUUCCCUCCAACGGACUACAAAUACCAGAAAGCAGAGAAAUGGACUACAACUCCCAGAAGGCUGAGCGACACGUAGGCUGUCAGCUGCUCCCGUGAAAUUGCGUGCCAAUCAGAAUCAGCGUGAAAGGCAGCGGAGAGAUUGCGAUAUUUGGGGGCUGCCCUGAGACACGCCUGGCUCGGAUCCUGAAUCCUGACAGAGCUUUAUGGAGCCUAGUUCUGGCAGGCUCCCAGGACUCGAAGCCGCCAGACCCCACAUGGAACCAAAGGCCUCCUGUCCAUCUGCCGCACCCUUGGCAGAGAGACAGUUCCAUGUUCUUGUGGGUGUCAGUGGGAGUGUGGCAGCCCUGAAGUUGCCUCUGCUGGUGUCAAGGCUUUUGGACGUUCCUGGCAUUCUUCUGCAGGAAAAGUUCAAGGCUUUAAGCAAUGAGCAGCAUCAGCUGGAAGUAGCAGUGGUCACAACUGAAAGAGCGAAACACUUCUACAGCCCCCAGGACAUUCCCGUCACCCUCUACAACGACACUGAUGAAUGGGAGAUGUGGAAGUGCCGGUCUGACCCUGUUCUCCACAUUCACCUGCGGAGGUGGGCAGACCUCAUGCUGGUGGCUCCACUUGAUGCCAACACUCUGGGGAAGGUGGCCAGUGGCAUCUGUGACAACUUGCUUACCUGUGUCAUCCGGGCCUGGGACCUCAGCAAGCCCUUGCUCUUCUGCCCGGCGAUGAACACUGCCAUGUGGGAGCACCCCAUCACAGCGCAGCAGGUGGGCCAGCUCAAGGCCUUCGGCUACGUGGAGAUCCCCUGUGUGGCCAAGAAGCUGGUGUGUGGCGACCAAGGUCUGGGCGCCAUGGCUGAGGUGGGCACCAUUGUGGACAAAGUGAAGGAAGUCCUCUUCCAGCACACUGGCUUCCAGCAGAGUUGAACCCAGAAUCUCGGUCACGUGUGUCCUUCUGCACCCAGUGUGCUUUCAGACCGCACAGGUGAAGGUGGCCAUCAGCACAGUAUGCUGGACAUUGGCGUUUGCUGUGCAGAGGUCUGGCCUGGGCCUGCUCCAUAGCCUGCAAGGCCUGACCUGUUCCACAUUAACUGCCAAAGACCCAGGUCUCAACCUCUUUCAACCAGGAGAUGCCCUCUUUCUGGAUUCCCCCCCCCCCGCCACCACCACCACUUUUUCCUAGGAUGGGCCCAGCAAGCCAGAGGAGCAAGCUGCUGUAUUGUCCCUGUGUCCCUGGAAGGGGACUCAGGAAGUGACUGACCAACCUUGAGUCUACAUCAUGCCCAGGAACCGCUUUUAGAAAAGGCCUCAGCUGGAGAUCCCCAGUGUGGUGGGCCCCUGGCCAGGCCCUUGGAGCUCCAGCUCCCUGGUGGGUGCCCAGGUACCACGCAGAGUCGGGAAAGCCUGCGAGGUGACAAGACCCUGAGAUUUCCCAUAGACCAUACUGUGAGAUGGGGGUACUGGGAAAUAAAGUGAUCUUUGAGAGAC